CGAGGAGCCCGGCCGAGAAUCAUGUACGUGCUUUUCUUAUUAAGUUUGGUGCUGGUCGCCGGGGCUUUGCCCGCUAUGAAGAAGUCUGCUAUUCCAGUUUUGGAAGCCAUAGAGCGAUGCCGGGUGUUAGGGGUGGACAUCGAAGCUUAUGGGUCCAAAGAUGAAAUCUUAGCCACUACAAAAGAAUCCAACAAUCUGAGGGAAUGCUUCGACAUUCUGGUAUCUGCUGACCAAACUGCGCUGACUGAAGUCGCCAUGUUGGGAGUUCUGAUGAAGCGGCUGCAGACCCGCCAGGCUUUAGGAGAACCAAUUUAUGAACUUCUAUCCAAAGGUCUACCAAAAGGAGCAGGAGCUAAAGCAGUCACGAAUGGCAACAUGUCCGGAGUUGGUCAAGCCUUAUUAAGACGACAUAAGAGACAGGUUAUGCCUUUGGGCGAGGUUGGUGAAGAUCCAGGAAAGCGGGCCAGGAAAAGAAGAUUAGGUCUUCCAAUUGGUGAACCUGGUGAAGAUGUUGGUAAACGAAUGCGACAGAGACAACAGGGACGAGCUCGUCAGAAUUACAAUACCUGGUUGAGGAAGUACUAUGCGUGGUAUCAACGAGCACAGCGGUAUUAUGCCAGAAAGAGAGGCGCUCGGCCCGCCGCAGCUGCCAAACCAGCGGCGAAAAAAACGGCUGUAUAAGCGAGUAUCCCAAUAAUGUUUGAAGAUGGUAUCAAGUUGUCAAGGGCAGUAACUCGUCAUGUUUUCGUGAUAAAGUAAAAGACUUUUAGACCCCGAUUUUGUAGUGUAUAUUUUUUUUAAUGCUGUGAACGAUAUUAAAUACGGAGAAAUGAAAA